AUGGAGAAGAGCCUCCUGUCGAGACAAAGAAGUGACGAUACUGUCUCGACGACGGACAGUGAAGUAUCAUUGACCCCGCCGCCCUACUCGGGUCCUUCGGAGACGAACAUCUCAAACCGCGCCUGGGACGCUCAAGAGCCGCCGUUCUACCCUGGUCUACCCAGACUCGACUACAAGCUGUACUCACCACCUCAAUCCAGCCUCUCGGCGGACUGCACCGCUCUCUCGUGCAAGUCGAGGAAUCUUUCGACAAACGCCGACGCACUGGUCUCGUUCAUCAGAACGCAGGCGAGCAUCCCGCCAAAGCCUGUUAUACAUAUCAAGGGCACUCGCGGACGUAAGACCGACUUUGACAUUAAGCUCAAUCUCAUGGGGUUGCUCGUGCCGGACGAGACAAACAAGCGGAUGCAAUACCUUCGAUGCGUCGGGGAGGGCGAGGUGGCCUACCGUGGAGGCACCAAAGCAGAUGUCAUUCCCGAGGUUGGCGACAGAGAGCUCGAGGAGUGGUGUCGUCGUUUCGUGGAAGAUCCGGCCCAAGUCAAGACCUUCUCACUCGACCGAGUGGUAGCAAACAUGGAUACGAUGUGGAUUGAAGGUCAGCUACGUGCCCUUCUCGCGGCAACUCAAUACAAGGGAGCGCUCCAUGUCUCGUUCCCCGUGGCACACGCCAAAGUGGUGGUGCAGAACCAGCCCAAGACGAAUAAAUUCAUGACAGGCAUGAAGAAAUUAUUCUCUGGCAAGCACAAAUACGAGGUGGUGCAGUCUGUCUGGCCCUUUGCGUCGGCCAAAAACGGCGAGGAAGCGAGGAGAUGUGCAGUGCAGAACGAGGAGGUCUGGUGGCGGGAAUGGCGGGACCCCAUCAGAUACGCGAUCUCGCAGAAGAGACAAAACGGGGCGUACGUGACAAACGAGGAUAAAUUAGAGGCCUUGAUGGAGGGCAAAGGUCAGGACUCAAUUGAUUGGGGCGGCCUUGAUGCGAUGGACAUGCCCGAGGGGGCGGAAUUGGAGGGGUAA